AUGGUAACAAAGGGUGUGUUUGCAGCGAGAGGGUGCCCUUAUGGAUGGGUGCCUUAUGCUGAGUCUUGCUACUUGGGUCUGGAUGGAUCCAUGGAGGGCGACUGGUCCACUGCCGUGAUGCAGUGUGAUCGUAACAACGCAUCUAUAAUGGUCCCAAGCUCAGAUUGGGAAAAUAAAUACAUACUCACUUCAUUUCAGCACCACGGCAGUCUCAAAGGUGUUUGGAUUGAUUGCAAUGAUGCUAAAGUUGAAGGUGAAUGGAACUGCUACGAGGACGGUAAAUAUCCGACUGAAUAUCGGAAGUGGGAGCCAGACCAACCAGAUGACGAGAAGUGGCCAGCUGAUGAUGAUUAUGGCUUCAUGAUAACCCGUACUUACCAUGGGAAGAAUCCAGAGGUACUUGGCUAUUGGGGUGAUGCGGAUGCAACACAUCCUGAUAAGUUUAUCGUCUGUGAGCGUCGCCGCCAAGCCAGAUGUGGUUAA